AUGUCGGACGUCAAGGCUAGUGAGGAGGUGCAUGGCAUCUCCACUGCUAUCGAAAACUCCCACGUUAUUGCUGGAUACGGACAAACUACCAAGCGGGAGGGAGCCACGACAAAGGAAGUCCACAAUGCGGAUCUGUUCGCUGCUAUUGAGGAGACGAAAAUUGAAAGAUGGAGCAAGGAGUCCAUUCACCUGUACUUCUGUAUCUUCGUGGCCUUCUGCUGUGCUUGCGCCAACGGUUAUGAUGGAUCCCUGAUGGGUUCUAUCCUUGCCAUGGAUCACUACCAGGAUGUGUUCAACACUGGCAUGGACGGACCUAAGGUCUCUGUGGUCACCUCUUUGUACACUGUUGGAUCUAUCGUCGCUACCCCACUCAGUGCUGUCCUCUCGGACAAACUCGGUCGUCGCAAGUGUAUGUUUGUAGGUGCUUGGGUGAUCAUCAUUGGAUCAAUCAUCAUCGCGAGUGGUAUGACUCUGGCACAGUUUGUCGUUGGCCGGUUCGUUCUCGGUGUCGGAAUCCAGAUCAUGGUCGUGUCAGCUCCUGCUUAUGCCGUGGAGAUCUCCCCGCCUCACUGGCGUGGCCGUGCUGUCGGAUUCUACAACUGUGGCUGGUUCGGUGGCUCCAUUCCCGCAGCUGGAAUCACAUAUGGAACCAACUUUAUCGGCAACAACUACCAGUGGCGCAUUCCCUUCAUCUGCCAAUGCUUCGCUUGCGUGAUCGUUAUUAUCUCCGUUUGGUUCAUCCCGGAGUCGCCUAGAUGGCUCAUGACCCAAGGUCGGAAUGAGGAGGCUAUCGCAUUCCUAGCUAAGUACCAUGGCAAUGGAGAUCCUAAUGCCCGUCUGGUCCGUCUUGAAGUUGAGGAGAUGAAGGAGGGUAUUCGUAUUGAUGGUAUUGACAAGAGAUGGUGGGAUUACCGUCCAUUCGUCACUACCCACAGCGGCCGCUGGCGUUUUGCCCAAGUUAUUAUGAUUUCAGUCUUUGGACAGUGGUCUGGCAACGGCCUCGGAUACUUCAAUGCUACCAUCUUCAAGACUAUUGGAUAUACCUCAAGCUCUAUGCAGCUGUUGCUCAAUCUUGUUAACUCGAUUGUGUCCGCUGUCGGCGCUCUCACUGCUGUCGCACUCACCGACAAGAUGCGCCGUCGUCCCGUGCUGAUCUUUGGUACUUUUGCCUGCGCCGUUACACUGGCUAUCAAUGCAGGUAUCCUACAGGAGGUCGCAAAAACCGGUCACAUUAACAAGACCAAGGGCCAGGCUGCUCUUGCAUUCUACUAUCUUUUCAACAUCGUUUUCUCUUUCACGUACACCCCACUCCAGGGUGUCAUCCCAGCCGAGUCUCUCGAGACAACCACUCGUGCCAAGGGCUUGGCUUUAUCUGGCUUCAUGGUUAGCAGCAUCAGUUUCAUCAGCCAGUUUGCCACUCCUAUUGGUCUCCAGAAUAUUUCCACCAACUACUUCUGGAUCUUUGUCGGCUGGGAUGUGCUUGAGUCGGUCUUCUGGUACUUCUUCUGCGUCGAAUCUCAAGGUCGGACUCUCGAGGAGUUGGAGUGGGUGUAUCAGCAACCCAACCCAGUCAAGGCUUCACAGAACCUAGAUAAGAUUGUCGUUCAGCGCGAUGGCACCAUUACUGAGAAAAUCGAGGAUGAUGCUUGA